AUGGCCUCUAAUCACGUGCCGAGUGACCAAGUGCCCAUCCAGGGCCAAAACGUCUACGACCCUUCAUACCAGCAUCUCUUUUCUUCUGUCGACCGCUACGGCACCCCCUCAUGGGAAGCUCAGCUGCAACACCAUUCGGGUCUGCCACCCAAUGCAUCGGGUGGCCAAGCCUGGCACCAUAGCUUUAGUCAGCAGCAGCAGCAGCAGCAGCAACCCUUCAACGCCAUCAGCCAGUCCUAUGGUGGCCCAACUCAGGGUCUUCGCACCGCCUCACCCUACCAGUAUGGUGGUCAAUUUUCGCAGCAGCCGACACUGGGCAGCUAUGGACAACCGUCAAAUGUUGAUCCAUCUCUGGGAUUAGACCCAAAUGCAAUCCGACAGCAGCAGCAGUCACCGUAUCAAAUGCCGAUGCGCACUGCACCUCCGCAAUCACAUGGUAUUACUGUGACUCCCCAAGCUUUACAACAUCACGUGCCCUCACUACAAGCUCGGGCCACUGCGACUCCUCAACAACAACAAAGAAGCACGGCAGAGGUUUUCACUCAGCAGCGUUCUGCACCAGCUUCUUUUGUCAAGCCGGUGCUUAUUCCUGAAUAUGAGAUUCCCAAAGGCAGGAAGUCGGGCGGGCUAUAUGUUGUUGAUCAAGCUGCUCUGGCGAAAGCCACUAAUUCUGUUCCAUUGAAUAAAUUUGUGACUUUGGGCUCGGAGCCGUUCCAUCUUGCUACCAAUAGAACCGCGCUCCCCGUAUACGUUCCUCGGCAGUCUCUUAAAGAUCUGAAGAAAGCUGGAGCUGACAGCAAGAAGCUUCGGGCGAAACAGUUGGCAACCAAGUCCCAGUCAAGAGCUCUCAAAUCUACUAAGAGGCCAGACUUGAAGAGAGAAGUCAGUGACAGCGAAAGUUCGACCGACUCCUCUGAUUACGACACCGACUCCUCGGACGAAGAAGAAGAGCAAAUGCCGGUGCCUGCUUCAAGGCCAGAAGAUCCUGAUGCAGCUGUACGCUACGAUGUCAUCAAAGCUACAUGGUAUCCAUCAACAUCGGUGCCGAGUUCAGACCAGAUCAAGACUAGCAUGCGCGAGAUCUGGGAAGUCCUCAAUACCAUUCAGAAGCGGUGGCGGGCUGAUACUAAAGCCGUGACAGAAGCAGAAGAGCAAAAGAAGACAGGUGAGCUGCCCGUGCUUAAGAGCCGAGUUACUAGUCAGCGUGACCUUCUCAAGUCUGCCCUUGGGGCGGCGCUCGAGUCUGCCCAUCCUGAUGUGCUCUAUCAAUUGGGACAUAUCAAGCCAUUUUUGUAUCUUUGCUAUCAGUUUUUGGCGAACCGGUUCCAUAGUAAGGAUUAUGAUGGGCCCCUGUCUGCAGUCAUAUACGAGGUGCUGUCGCGUUGUGGUACCUUAACUUCUGAGGUCCUUGAGGAGACCAAGCUCUUGAAGGCACUUGCGUCUAUGAAAAAACACGCAAAUGAGAAACACAAGGCUUUCAUACAAAAGGUGAUCGAUGGUGCCGUGGCCAACUCUAAGAAGGCGAAAGCAAGUCCGCCACCACGGGUCGAGCCAGCCGAGAGUAAAGGCCUCAAAAGAUCUGCCUCGGAAGCCGCGGGCCGUUCACUGAAUGAAAAUCCUUUGAUGAAGAAGCCAAAGGCCCCCGAAGCUUCCGUCACCGCGAAGAAAGAUGUUGCGGGUGCAAAGACCGUAACCGCCUCUACAACUUUGACUGUACAGAAGCGACCUGGUGAGAGAGCUGCAGCAGCGCCAGCUCCCGUAAAGACACGCGUCAGCCAAGUCACCAAUAAACCUUCAGGCAUCUUUGCUUCCCUCACUGCGGCCGCCAAAAAGACAGCACCACCACCAGCUGCUACGACAGGUGCGAAGGGUGCCAACGCAGUCAAAACUGCCGCAUCCGCAACGAAAGAGAAGAAGCCUGCGGCGGCAGCGAAACCCGCAUUUUCUUUCGCUCAGACCAUGGCCUCACUUCAGAAGCCCAAAGAGCAGCAAGCAGCGCCUGUCAAGUCUGAAAAGCCGCUACCUGUUGAGACUGAGCAAGAAAAGGAGAAACGCGAACGGAAGGAGCGUCGAAGACAUCUACGUGUCUCUUGGCGGAAUGAUGCAACGCUGGUUGAGAUCAAAUAUUUCGAUCACGAGGCUGACGAUGAAGAGAUGCAUCACAAGGAAGAUCACCUUGUUCGCGACGCUGGUGACAUUGGUGGGGAAGGCCACAUGUUCAAGCAACACAAGGAGCUUGAUCUGGACGAUGACGAUGAAGAACUGGAUACUGAGCAGAAGUCUUGGAACCCACCGUCUCUGGUCGACUUUAGUGUUGUACGCCAAGAGGAGCGCGAGCGUAAUUACAUGCCAUAUGGAGGUGGCUUCCUGGAACCGUCGUGCCCUGAAAAGGAAGCCAAUGUGCAACGCGAAAACGCUACGCUGAUGGUCUACUACUCUAACACUGACGAUAUUCCACCGUCUCCAAAGGAACCUUUGGAGCUAGCGCAAGAGGAUGCGGCGGCUGGCACUGUUGUUCAGUUUGGAACUCCACCAGACAUGGUGCUGGCCAAGUGCCCACAGGCGCCCACCCCAGCGACUGCACAGGACUUUAGUCAUUUGGAAAACCUCAUCAAGCAGUUGUCGGCAACCAACGCACCUCCAGCUCCUACACCAGUAGUUCCCGUCGAGAAUGUGUACACACCACCUCAGCCUCCAACAGCUUCUUGGGACGGCGCUAAUAUUCAGAAUAUUCUCAACUCAAUUACCAACAGCCAGGCUGCUCCCCAACCCGCUCCACCUGUGUCAUUCCCAUCACAGCCGCCAAUGCCACAGCCGGGCAUGCCGCUAGAUAUUGCCGCAAUCAUCGCGAACAUGCAGGCAGCGUCUGGAGGCGCUCUUCCUCCCCCACCACCACUACCAACAGGAUUCCCUCCGUUUCCAUUUCCCAUGGCACCCCAGCCCCAGCAACCUGAGGCUGCAGCAUGGUCUCAGCAGAUACCGGACGUCGCUUCCUAUCAGGCCCAGUACAAUCAGCAGGUCAACGGCGGGGUCAAGCGGCAGCGCGAUGACAGUAACGGCAGCAACGACCGCAAUCAAGGAAAGCGGCCCAAGAACCGUGGUGAUCAUAAACCGCACAAGGUACUUGCGUGCAAAUUCUUCCACAAGGGUCAGUGCAAUAAGGGUGAAAACUGCACGUACAUUCAUGACCUAAAUCCCAAUUAA